CCUAAUCUCAUUUGAUCCGUUUAUCUGAUCAUGCCUCAUUAUCCGAUCGAGCACAACAACUUUAUUUUGAACCACAAUCAGUACUACUAGUCAUGUCCCAACGCCUUGCAAACAAAGUUGCCCUCAUCACCGGAGCCGGCUCUGGCAUCGGUCUUGAAUCGUCCUUGCUCUUCGCUCAAGAAGGCGCCAACGUUUUGUUAGUCGACAUCAAUCUAGCAGCUGCACAAAAAGGUGCUGCGCUUACCCAGCAACGCUUCCCAAACGUCAAAGCGCUGGCCGUUCACGCUGAUGUCGGGAAGGAGGAUGACAUCAAAGGAGCGGUUGAUCUAGCUGUUGCAGAGUUUGGUAGAUUGGAUGUGAUGUUCAACAAUGCAGGCAUCAUGCACCCAGCAGACGAUCACGCCCUCAACACCGAAGAGAAGAUCUGGGACCUGACAAUGCAAAUAAACGUAAAGGGUGUCUGGUGGGGCUGCAAGUAUGCUAUUAUGGCUAUGCGGAAAAAUCCUGUCGACGAGGAGAAAGGCCUCCGUGUUGGGGGCUCCAUCAUCAACACUGCGAGCUUCGUCGCGCUCAUGGGUGCCGCCACACCACAGUUAGCAUAUACUGCAUCCAAGGGUGCUGUGUUGUCCAUGACACGAGAACUCGCGAUGGUGCACGCGAGAGAAGGAAUUCGACUGAACUCUCUAUGCCCCGGACCGCUAAAGACGCCUCUUUUGAUGGAUUUCCUCAACACAUCGGAAAAGAAAGAGCGCCGGCUUGUUCAUCUCCCCAUGGGUCGGUUCGGUGAGGCUGUGGAACUCGCCAAGGCUGCACUGUUCUUGGCAAGCGAUGACAGCAGUUAUAUGACUGGCACGGAUUUCAAGGUCGACGGAGGCCUCACCUCGUGCUAUGUUACCCCUGUCGGAGAACCAACCCUCCAGCCUCCCACCAGUCUCAUUUAAGGGUGAACCAACCGUGAUAAGCAUGCAACCUGAUAGUGGAAACUGGGUUCAUUAUUGAUCGAAAUCAAUGGUAAAGAUGAAAAUAACCCAGUUAAUGUAUGAUACAAGACGACGGUGAACUAUAAACAGCCCAGAACCUCCACAGGCUAGGAAUAAAAGAAUCCAUGAGGUCGGGCAAAGCAGGAGAUUCAACAGAUACGUAAAUUUUAAGAU